GGUUCAUAAAAGACAAAAAUAGAAUCCCUUCUGUUAAGCAUAUUAAAUUACUUAGAAACUUGUACAUUUUGUAGUGAUUUUCGUAUGAAUGCUUUCCUUUCUGCAUUUCAUUCUCCAUAGGGAUUUUCUGUGAAACAACAUCUUGCAUAUUGCAUUUAUUUACCUCUUCACGAAGCCCUCUUUUCUACAAUUGAUGACCGACUUCUCGGAAUAUCCGAGGAGGUACCCCGGCCGUCCCGAAGACAAUGGUCUGCUGGAGCAGCUUCCAUAUACCAGAGUGAAACAGCUUACAAACAGCAUACAUCCAAACGGCAAGUAUUAGACGAGAGUUUGGCCUUUGGUUUUUGGUCUUCCCUAGGUCUGUACAUAUAUUCUAUUCUGUUACUUUUUCUGGCAUCCUUUUCUCUCAUUUUCAUCUUCUGUAAGAAACAAACCCUUAUAGCGCAUCAUCAUGUAUAAAGUAAUCUUUGUUUUGGGUGGUCCUGGAGCUGGUAAGGGAACCCAAUGUGACCGUUUGACGACAGAGCUUGGCUGUGCUCACAUCUCUGCUGGUGAUUGCCUUCGCGAGGAACAAGCCCGUCCUGAUAGUAAUGAUGGCAAACUCAUUAAAGAAUACAUUACAGAGGGUAAAAUCGUACCUAUGGAAAUCACCUUGCGUCUUUUGGAAGCUAAAAUGAAGUCUUAUAGCCUUCAGGGCAUCAAUACCUUUUUGAUUGACGGUUUCCCACGUAAAAUGGACCAAUUCGAAGGAUUCGAACGCGCCAUUUGCCCUGCUACUGUAGCUCUUUUCUUCUACUGUGAUCAGGAAAUUAUGUUGGGCCGCUUAAUGGAUCGCGGCAAGACCAGUGGUCGAGAUGAUGAUAAUGCCGAAUCCAUCAAGAAGCGUUUCGUUACUUUUACCGAGACUUCCAUGCCUGUUGUCAAUGCCUUGAAAAACGACAAUCGUUGUAUCACUAUCAACGCUGAGCAUGACCCUGAUACUGUCUUUGAAACUACGGUCAAUGCUUUGCAACCCUACCUUUAGCUGCUUAAAACCUGUUCAAUUAUAGACCGUCCUUCAAAAACUUAUUUUUGACUGUUAUUCAUCCGAAAUAGGCUCUUAACGUAUAAGUAGAUAUGGUAUGUACCUGUGUUAUAAGAUUUAAGACUUCACUCAUCGCUUACUACUUCCAUAUGACAAUUUACAAACUAGCUCUACCAAAUUUCGAAACUUACACAAGAAAAUUUUAUUAUUACCCAAAAUAUACGUGCAUCUUUUUAUUUUUGACACCAA